GCUGACAGCUACUACUCUUACAGAAAUAGAUCACCUGCUACAAACUCUCUGAAUCUCCUUUCUCUUUUAACCACCUGUCACUUCAGAUCUUGUUUUCCACAGAGAUACUAAACAUAAGCAUGAAGCUGCUGAUUGUGUCCGCACUUCUGUGUGCAGUGAUGGCUUUGACAUCUGCUAUUGAUCUUGAAGAUGAAGAGGGCAGCAGUGGUACAGAGGAACUAUUGCUUACAGGAGAAGAUCAUGUUGUGAAGACACCCAGACGCUGUCCAGUUGGCUGGAAGAUGUACUGCAAACGAUGCUUCCUCUAUGUUUCCCAAGCCCUGUCUUGGGCUCAGGCUCAGAAAAACUGUGAGCAAAUGAAGGCAAACCUUGCAUCUGUACACAGCUACAGAGAGCACAAGUUCAUUCGGAAGCUGAUAUUUCGUGCCACUCGCCAGUGUAAACCUACAUGGCUCGGAGGCUCGGAUGCAAAAGCGAAUUAUAUUUGGACUUGGAUCGAUGGAACAAAUUUCAGAUAUACAAACUGGUGUCAUGGAAAACCGAUCAAUAAUUAUGGCCACUGCCUGGAGAUGAAUUUUUCAGCAAAAAAGUGUUGGAAUGGUGUGUUCUGUUCCUGCCUCCGCCCAUCUGUCUGCGUCAAGAAAAUCUGGUGAUUCCUGACCUCAUACAAAGGCAUGGCGUACCUGGCAAAGAAGCAAACUGUCUCAUAUAUCCCCCAAAGAGUCCGCUUCUCAUUUUACAUCUUUACUUCAGUUCUUUUGCAGUGAUGCUGAAAAAAAAAUGCAAAUAAAAUGACAGAAAAUGUAGUUUUUCACUUUCAGGAAUGUGUAAUGGAAAUGCUGCUUUUAGCAAAGGUUCAAGUACAAAAAUGAACUGUUCUUUCUGGCUUGUCUGUAU